CCCCACCCCGAGCCCCAUCUCCUCUUCCCCACGCGGAUUCAAAAGCCUCGUCUCAGUCAAAAGCUCUCCAGAAGAUCACACUCCAGAGUAGAGAACGAAGCCAUGGAAGCUGCACUGUUGAGGACCGGCUCCAUCACGUACCCGGCGGCUAUAGUCACGAGCUCGCCGACCCUCGCCUUGCUCCGCCAAGACUCGCUCGCCGGUGGGAUCUUCUCCGGCGACAAGAUCGCCCCCGGCUCGCCGAGGUUCUCGCUCCACCUGGAGAUGAACCGCCGGAGGGACUCCCCGGAAGGGGUUCGAAUCCGCCGCGCUCUGUCCGAGAGCGACGUGAUCGGACCGCAGAGCAGGCUGAGCGGCGGUGGAUCUCUCUCCUUUCCGGCGAGGAUUCCGGAGGAGGAAUGCGGAUCGUUGACUCUCGGAGGUGCCGAUCGCGUGGGACGCUCCGGAGUGUGGCCGGGGAUCGGGAUUCCGCUGGAGGAGCCGGGGGUCCGCGGCGGCCAGAUCGGAGCGGGGGGCGACUUCGGCGGCGACGGCUGCGAUCGCUCCGGCAGCAACGGCGGUUAUGGCGGUGGAUACGGCGACCGGCGGAGGAUCGGCGAUUACUACCAGGAGAUGCUGAAGUCGAGCCCCGGAGAUUGUUUGUUGCUGAGGAACUAUGGCAAGUACUUGCACGAGGUGGAGGGAGACGCAGCGAGAGCCGAGGAGUAUUAUGGGAGAGCGAUACUCGCGAGUCCUGGAGACGGAGACGUGCUGUCGCUGUACGGGAAGUUGAUCUGGGAGACGCAGAGAGACGAAGACAGAGCAAAAUCUUACUUCGACCAAGCUGUUCUCGCAUCACCAGACGACAGCACGGUGCUUGGGUCGUACGCGCGAUUUUUGUGGGAAUCAGAGGAGGAGGAAGACGACGGAGACGAUGCGGAGGAGGCUGUGAAGUCGCCGGCAGCGGCGGCGGCUUUUUAGCGCGAAUCCCUGAGCCAGACGACCGAUGUUUUCCCAUUUCCGGAUUUUGGAAAAAGACAAGCCGGAUUCGACAUCGAUUGCAGAGCGAGAAUUCGUCCCAUGAAUGGUAGACCCGAGAUUUUGCAGAAUUUAAUCUUCCAUAAUAAAAAUAAUAUUAGCUGACAAGAAUAAUUGUAAAGGUCGAUGGCGAUCUUGAUCUGUAAAUCGUGUGACUACGAUCUCCAGUUUGUAGCCUGCACAGCAAAAAACAUAAUCGCUGCCGUCGUCUGUGGUUUGUGCCUUGUCUGACGGUGGUUUCAUGUCCUCAAAUGUAAAAUUUCCCAACUAAUAAUAGAGCUUGCUCAAAUUUAAUUA